AUGCUGGACUCCAAAUCUUCACAAACGUUAGACAUGAAGGGCCUCACAUGUUGGAUUGAUGAAUCAUUUGGUCUUAUGUGCUCCAUAAAAGUUGUGAACGCAUUUGAUGCUACUAAGCUUAUAGUGGGGAACGUACCCGAAAUAUUGGAUAUCAAAGAAAUGAAAAAAAAAAUUUGGAUUUAUGGCAACAUCAUUGACAUAUCUGGAAAUUGGUUCUUCAAAUCUUGCCCAACUUGUGUUCGGAUAGUAGAGGCCAAAGGGGAUAGAUUUUGGUGCAACUAUUGCAACGACACCAUUCCCUUUGCUCUUCUUAGGUACAAGCUCGACAUUUCUGUUGUGGACGACACCGGCAUUGUACAACUUUUGUGUUGGGAUAAGAUUGCGAGAGAACUAAUAGGAAAACCGUGCGAAGAUCUUCAAGAUGAUGGAGUUUAUUUGCCAAUUGAAAUUGACAUGUUGACUUAUAAAGCAAUCAUGUUUAAAGUAUCAAAGAAAAAGGAUCAAAUUGGACCUUAUAACGGUUCAUUUAUGGUUUCUCGCAUUACCGCUGAUCCUAUUUUGCACAAUCGGUUUGGACCCUUGGCAAUUCCUUCACAGGAAUCAAAGGCUGAAGACGUGUACAGCCCAAUCAGGGAUGUAAAGGCUGAAGAAGUGUACAGCUCAAUCACGGCUGUAAAGGCUGAAUAA